AUGCAUUUUAAUGUGAUUGUCAAUAAUGCACUUGCUUUACAACAAGAAUAUGAACAGGUGCACCUGUUUGAUGUUUCAAAUCCGAAGAUGAGCAAGGUGGUAAGAUGGCAUCCUCCUCCGUCUGAUUUUAUGAAAUUGAACAUUGAUGGGGCCGCUUUUCCUAAACAUUCUGUAGCUGGGGUUGGAGUGGUCUUGAGAAAUCAUAAUGGGGAGGUUGUCGUGGCUUGUUCUAAGGUAGAGAAAGAGGUCUCCUCUACUGAGUUCAUUGAGGCAGUUGCACUUCUUAGAGAUUUACAGUUGUGUAUUCAAUGGGGUGUACCAAAGCUUAUGUUUGAAACCAACUUUUUGAUUUUGGUUAAUGCUUUGAAUGAAAAUUCUGAAUGUUUAAUAGAUUUUGCUUUUAUUCUUCAAGACAUACGAAGACUAAUGGCGGCCUUCCAAGAAGUUAAAGUGGUGCAUGUCAAUCGGUUAGACAAUUUAGUGGCUCAUCUUCUAGCAAAACAUGCUUGGUUGAUUGAUGAUAUUUGUAUGUGGUGUGAUUUUUGUCCUCCUUUUGUUAGUCAAGCUAUAUGGCUUGAUCAACUUGCUAUUUGUAAGGAUCUUUGA